AUGAACGAAAAGGGACAUUACGUGCCACCGACUUACAUUCCAUUAAGACAGUCAGAUUCUGAUGCUGAUGCAGAAGUAACCACCACUCCAAAUCUGGAAGUUGCUGUUUCUGAAAGCACAAGAGAUGGUCCUAUGCAGUGGUCGUCUGGUAUAUGCGCUUGCUUCGACGAUAUGCAGAGCUGUUUUAUAGGUUUGUUCUGUCCAUGUUAUAUCUUUGGCAAAAAUGCAGAGUUGUUGGGGUCUGGAACAUUUGCUGGACCCUGCAUAACCCAUUGCAUUUCAUGGGCUUUGGUCAACACCAUUUGCUGCUUUGCAACUAAUGGCGUGUUGCUCGGUCUACCGGGAUGCUUUGUGUCAUGUUAUGCUUGUGGGUACCGCAGAUCAUUGAGAGACAAGUACAAUUUGCAGGAGGCUCCAUGUGCGGAUUUUGUAACACACUUCUGCUGUCACUUGUGUGCCAUUUGCCAAGAGUACAGAGAGAUCCGAGAACGUAGCAGCGGCUCAAAUCAUCCUGACAUGAAGAUGGCUGUUACUAAAGCGCCCUCGGCUCAAACCAUGGAAGCAGCUAAUUGA